AUGUCUGCAAAUGUUAUCUAUUAUAGUGUAUUUGACAAAUCAUUUGAGUUUGCAAUUAAUCAUUGGGAUGAACGUGAUUUUGACCCAAGGAUUAGUAUAGAUCCGACGUAUUUUUAUGAGAUACCUGAGGUUACGAUAAAUAAUGUAGAAUUUUUAUCCAAGGAAAUGUUUGGCAAUUUCAUGGAGAUUGACUUAUUGAAUGAUCUUAAAAAAAUCAAUGAUUAUUCAGCUAAGUUAGGAGUAUUGAUCAAAGAUGGGUUAUUUUUUGCGUCUAACACCCUUUCGUAUUUUUCUGAAAAUCACAAUGAAUUCGUCAAAGGAUGGAAGAAUGAUCUUGACUCUCGAGGGAAAAUUAAAAACUUAACUGACCCGUAUUUAAAUUAUAUUGACAAAUCUAUCGAAAGUUGCGAAAUAUUUGCUGAUCAAUUUAGUGAACUUCAUGAAGUUCGUGACAGAGCAAUUAAGAAACUUGAAGAGUCACUUCAGAAAAUUGAAAAAAAAAUGGAAAAAAAUAUAUACGAACAAAUUCUAGAAAAAAAGAACAAGGUCGAUGAAUGGUUCCAAAAAUCCAAAGAAAGCUUUCACAUUACAAAUUAUAAGAAGAAAGCAGAUAAAGAAAACGACAGUUUAAUAGAAUUAAAUGAAAAAGGAUAUAAAAAUUUGAUCAUGGAUCGUCUUUUUGUCGAAUUAGAAUGCAUUAAAAAUACAUUAGAAAUUUUAAAAUCGAAAGGUGUAUUAGACUUUUGGAAACGAAUUACCGUCGAAUUUCAAUUAAACAGAGAAUUAAUGGAGGAAAAUGUAAUUCAUGGUGAAUUAUACGUAAAAGAGUAUGCAAUUGAUCAUACAAUUGAUAAUUUGGCAAAAAUUGGAUACAUUAUUGAUACUUUUUGCCAAAAUUGGAUACAUUGUUGA